AACUACUAUGGUAGCACUAACUAUUACAUGACAUCCGAUAGCUCUGAGUACCUCUAACUGUAACUGGAUAUUGAUGGAGUAUUGAUUCUCAAGAAGCAUGCACCACAAAACUCUCCUAGCUAUCUUACAAGUCCGAGUGCAACCCGAUGCGAUGCGGGAUUUUUGACAGUGCAUCCACGUCAUGCACUGCCACCACAGUGAGUAUCAUCUACCCAUGUAGAAGAGACUGCGAUGGCCAGUGUAUCUAGACUCUCAAAAACCGGGAUUAUACCAAGGAGUGGCUGCAAUGUGCUGGCCAGCCUUAUCGGGCGGGCAUCCAUUGUGAGUGGGAUGGCGUGCAACGUGUCUCGCCUCGCGUCGGCGGCAUCUUCUUCCACUUCCCCUCCCCACUGCCCCUCCAUCCUCAACCCCUCGAUCGGCAUCCACGUCGACUGGCAGGAGCAAGCUGCAAGCUUUCGGAACCCAGGUAUGAAACUGAUACGCCAGAUGUGUUGCUUUGAAGUCUCAUGCGACGCUGCAGCUUCCUUUCAUGCUCUCAGCUUCCAUCAAGGUGCUGCCUGCUUGCUUUAUUCUAUCGACAGGGAUAGCAAUGGCGUUCACGGUGCAGAGACUGAUGUCACCGUCAUAGCUGGGUGUAGUAUACAGCAUGAAAUAGUCGUACCUUCGGAACAGAAGGGCUUUCACUACGCUUUCACGGCAGAUGGGGGUGUCAACAGCUGCAGGUCGAUAGGUUCAGGCAUUGCUACAUGCAGCUAUCUUGGAGUACCCCGCAGUCACCAUCUACCAAUCUCCUAGGCCAUACAUCGUGUCAAUCAAGAGAAACGUGCAUUAUCCAGCUUUGGUCGAAUAGUGAUGGAUGGCGUCGGAUGCAUGCUGUACGUUGCAAUGCCCAAAUGAAGUCACCCAACAGACGCGUCUGUGAUAGCCAGGCUAUGGCUAUCGCGCAUAUCGUGCAAAAUCGGACUGGAAGAACAUUAUGGAAUGGGCAGGUUGAAGAACAUAAAAGGCGUCAAGAGCCAGCUGCUCUCUUAGCAUCUACAACUCCAUCCCUCAU